AUGGGCCCCUGUACCGCCUCCUCAUGCUGCUGCCAGGCCCGUAAUCUGCCAUGGGCCCCCGUACCAACUCCUCAUGCUGCUGCCAGGCCCGUAAUCUGUCAUGGGCCCCUGUACCGCCUCCUCAUGCUGCUGCCAGGUCCAGAGUCUCUCAUGGGUCCCUGUACGGCCUCCCAUUGCGGCUGUCUCCAUCGCCACACUCUGCCAUGUGCCACUUUCAGGUCUCUCACACUGCUGGUGGGUUCCAUUUUUGUCAUAGGGUGCUGUAUGGCCUCCCAUUGCUGCUGCCAUCCACCGCCACACUGUGGCUCCACACUCUGGUUUUGGCCCCGUGACUGCCCAAAUGAGUGAAGUGUGCGGUGAUUCUAAGAUCGACGGCACUCAUCUGCAUGUCAUACUGACUGACAGUAUUAUUUCUCUUCCCCAGCAGACUCCAAGGGCAUUUAAAUUAAAGGUACAGUGUUCUGCACUAAUAUAA